AUGGGCAAGCACCUCCUUAACCUUAAAUCUACUACGAAAGGGAAGCUUGAUGAUGGAAAGACAAUUGGUGGUUGUGGACGCUUAACAGAAUCUAAAAUUAAGCAAUUACAGAAAUAUUAUGGGCUAGCAAUUCGCCAAAAUACUAUCAAAAAGCUAAACCCAACAGAAAGGGAGAUUGAAGUGGCUGCCUACAAGAUGAAGAAAAAUAUAAUUGCAAUACUUCACCAUUGUGUAAAGGGGAAUGAUCCUGCUCAAAGUGAUCAGCAGCAUUGCUUUUGUCCGCCAGGAGAAAGCUCUUGGUGUAAGUGGCAACAAGACAAAGCUUCCGGGACAUCCACUUACUCUGGUGAAGAUUGUUUACCAUCUGUAUUCAAAGAAGUGCUAAAGCCAACAUUUUUGGCCCUAAGCGAAAGCGGAUUGCUGCAAAGAUGUGUGCUUGGCACCACACAAAACCAGAAUGAGAGUUUGAAUGGUUUAGUUUGGGCCCAAUGUCCAAAACAUAAACAUCAUGGGUCCAAAGCAGUUCAUUGUGCCGUCGGGUCUGCUGUCUGCCACUUCCACAAAGGGGCUGAAACUAGACUCAGGGCAAUGAAAAGGCUGUCCAUUGAUCCUGGGUCUCAUACUAAAACAGCCUGUCUGAAGAAAGACAAACAAAGAAUGAGAAAGUCAGACAAGCAGGCAACCGAUAAGGAGAAGAAGAAGCGGCAAGGGAUGAAGCUCCUGCAAACUCAACGGGAAGAGGCUCUUUGUGAUAAAGAAGGUGUUUCAUAUGAGGCAGGAGCAUUCUGA